AUGAAGUUCAUCAAGUUAGUUUUUGUUUUUGCAGCUCUUCAAAUAGUCAAUGGCAAUGCAAUUGUUACCCAAAACAAUAAUACUGAACGCAUUGUCGGUGGUCGCGAUAUACCCAAGGGCCAAUUUGUACCCUAUCAAGUUUCCUUACAAUACUACACACAAUCCAAUAAUUACAAGCACUAUUGCGGAGGUUCCAUUAUAUCCAAAAAUCUAGUUCUAACAGCAGCACACUGUUGUAAAGGUCUUAAAGUGCACCGAAUGUUCGUUAAAGCUGGUGUUCGUGAUUUAAGCGAAUCACAAGGUAAACGUUAUGCUGUACAACACUAUCAGAUCCAUCCAAAUUACAAAGAAUUUGAAUCGAGCGAUAUAGCAAUUAUAAAAAUUGACAAUAAUUUUGAUUUAAACAAUAUUAGUGUGGCCGCUAUUGAUGUGGUUAGUCCAAAAAGAGUUGUGAGUAAUGUGGAAGUAACUUUAACCGGUUGGGGUCUUCGUUUACCCAUUGAAUUGCCCAUAUUUCAAAAUCAAUUGCAAACUUUGAACUUUCCAACGGUAUUGCAAACGAUGAGCUAUAAUACAAUAUCGGAUAAGGAGUGCCGUAGUAAGGGUAUAGAUCGUUUGUCGAAAACGGAAAUAUGUGCUCAAGGAUUUUUGCUGAAAGGUGCUUGUGUGGGUGAUUCCGGUGGACCUUUAGUAAGAUAUAUCGGCAAUAAACUGCAACAAGUGGGUGUAGUAUCAUACGGCUUCUUUGUAUGUGGUGUGUUUGAUGUACCUGAUGUUUAUACAAGAGUUUCGGAGUUUUCAGAUUGGUUGCAACAAAAUAUAGCCAGAAAUUCCUAAUAAUGCAAAUGAUUUAAAUUAAUAAAUAAAAAAUAUAUUAAA